UCGAUUGAAAUCGAUACUUCUCGGCCCCAAGACUUUGAUGGUGCCAUUGGCACAACCGACAAGCUGCCCACUCAGGAGAUCCUGCGCAAAGUCGACGACUAUGUUGUCCUGGACCGCCAUGGCAGGACACAUACUUUCAAGAGUUUGUACAGCGGACGGAACGUGGCCCGUCGCAUGCUCAUCAUCUUUGUUCGCCAUUUCUUUUGUGGCAACUGCCAAGAAUACCUCCGCACGCUCUCCGAAUCCAUCACGACCGAUGCCCUCCUUGGCCUGCCCGUCAGCACCUUCAUCACUGUCAUCGGGUGCGGUGACCCUGCCAUGAUAGCGGCAUAUGCCGAAGCAACAAACUGCCCCUUCCCAAUCUACACCGACCCGAAACGCUACCUCUAUCGCGUCCUCGGCAUGACUCGAACAUGGGGACUCGGCGAGAAACCAGCAUAUAUCAAGAAAAACUUUGCCGGGCUCGUUGCAUCGUCUCUACUCCAGGGACUGAAACAGCUACCCAGUGGGAUGGCAACCAAGGGGGGUGACUCUAAACAGGUGGGCGGCGAGUUCCUGUUCGAGCCUACCGACGUUGCCACUCCAAUCGCGACGCCUGAGCCAGACACCGUUGGCCGAUCUCUCGACGAAGCCAUUGCUAGGCAGCAGCAGCGCAAGUCGGCUUCCAUCAAUGAAGACGAAGACGAGGGUCUGUAUGGCACGGAAGAGAAGCACGUUACGUGGUGUCACCGGAUGAAGACCACGCGCGACCAUGCCGAGAUUCCGGAAUUGAUGGAGGUGCUGGGCUUGGAUGGUAACGGCAAGCCAAUACGGGAUAAGAGGAGGUGGUCAAAGGCACUCAGCGAGCGGAAGGGCACAGGCUUGAGCCUAGCCAGCCAGAUGAGCCGAUUAAGUGACCGCGAGAGAAGCAGGGAC